CCAUCUAUUAAGCACUCAGUCCACGCUCAGUCCAUACCCAAAGGAGCACUUUGCCCCACAAUAUUGUUUAUUUUGCGAUCACUUUUUGAUGGCCCUCACUUCUCACCAUACCCCGAUUUCUUGAGGUACGCGAUCCCCUCAAAAAAUAACGCACUAAAACACGAUGACGCAAAAUUGGAAGGCACCGAGCUUAUCUAUAACGGGGCGAUACAGGAGCAAAUUUUAGGUAGAAAAACCUUCUUUGCUUAUCAAGAUAAGAUCGUCAAAGAGAAGCGCUAUAAACAGCUGCAAGAGAGCAGCUAUAUUUUUAGCGCUUAUACAGAUAAAGAUUCCAUUCGAGAGAAAGAUAAAAGAAUACCUAAGACCAAAAGGAUAUACUACCAUACUAAUUUCUCCGGUAGUACAGUCAUUCGGCGCGAGGGAAAAAAAAGUAAAAAUGGACGGCUAGUGAUAACAUCGGUUCUCAAUUGUGCGGAGAGGCUAUUUAUGGGUAAAGAGAACAUUGAUAGAAAACGAAGGAACGAUUAA